UCAUUGGUCCAUUCUCAUGCGCGUCAUGACGGCUACCCGGAACACAUAGGGAUUGGAAGCCACGUUGACAACGAAGUGGUGUUUUGUUUCAUUCCAAAACCGGUGAAAUAACGGUAACUGCACCGGUGUGUCUGUCCAGCGGCCAAAGGGGUUGAAAAUCGUACAGAAGGACAAGCCACUUCACCGGAAAGAUGAGUGUAGGAUUCAUCGGAGCCGGCCAGCUGGCUCACGCGCUGGUGAAAGGGUUCACAUCUGCGGGUGUAAUAGCUACUCAGAGAAUCAUAGCCAGUUCUCCAGAUACUGAUCUGCCUACUGUUGCUGGCCUGAGGAAAAUGGGUGCUAUCCUCACCACCAGUAACAAGGAGGUGGUGAACAAGAGUGAUGUCCUGUUCCUGGCAGUCAAACCCCACAUCAUCCCCUUUGUGCUGGAUGAGAUUGGACCAGACAUAGAGGACAGACACCUUAUAGUGUCCUGUGCUGCAGGAGUCACCAUCAGCUCUAUAGAGAAGAAGCUGCUUCAGUACCACAUUCCCCAGGUGAUAGGCAUGUUCGUCGUGGUGAGGACAGCACAUUCAUUAGGAACACAUGCUGAGGUGGAGGAUGGUAAGUUGUUGGAACAGCUGAUGGCCAGUGUUGGGUUCUGUACAGAGGUGGAGGAGGACCUUAUCGAUGCCGUCACCGGCCUCAGUGGCAGCGGCCCCGCCUACGCGUUCACAGCUCUGGAUGCCCUAGCCGAUGGAGGGGUGAAGAUGGGUCUACCCAGGAGACUAGCGGUCAGACUGGGAGCUCAGGCACUACUGGGAGCAGCUAAGAUGUUGUUGGACUCUGAGCUGCACCCUGGCCAGCUGAAGGACAACGUGUGUUCCCCUGGGGGAGCCACCAUCCACGCCCUGCACGUGAUGGAGAGUGGUGGAUUCCGCAGUCUGCUCAUCAACGCCGUGGAGGCUUCUUGUAUCAGGACACGGGAGCUGCAGUUCCUAGCGGACCAGGAGCGCAUCUCCCCGGCAGCCAUUAAGAAGACCACCCUGGACAAGGUCCUGCAGCAGCCUGGGGUCAGCCAGGGGUCAGGGGUCAACGGCAAGCCAGGACUCAGCCUCAGGAGAAACCCCCCAGGACCUGUCAAGAAGAACAACUGAGAUGGAGACACACACACACCACCUAUAACACCAGGACUCAGCGUCAGGAGAAACCCCCCCCAGGAUCUGUCAAGAAGAACAGCGAUGGAUGGAUGGACACACUCUCUCUCACAACAUUUGAAAUGCAGCACACAGACCCAUAGCCUGUCUGACAGGGAGUCCGUGUACACACACGUGAACAGAAAUGCAUGUACAACAUGCCGCCUGUCUACCUUGUCUUCAGUCUGUCUGAGGAUGUGUGUCUCCGCGGUGAUAACGACCCAAUGGGCCAAAACAUCAUCAGUGAAUAUUUCAGAUAGAAAUGCAAUGCAUAGAGCUGACAUGAUUCCUUAUUCUGCAUGACAGAGGAAUGCAUAGAAUCUGUUCUUUGCAAUUCAUUUCUUUCUGAGCGUUUUCUUUUUAAUGUUGCCCCUGCAGCCGAAGCAGGCAACAGAUGGCUUCAGUGAUGGCUUUUUUUGCCUGAUGACUCAAACUGAAUUAUUCCCACUGCUCUGUUCACUGCUCUGUUCACUGCUCUGUUCACUGCUCUGUUCACUGCUCUGUUCACUGCUCUGUUCACUGCUCUGUUCACUGCUCUGUUCACUGCUCUGUUCACUGCUCUGUUCACUGCUCUGUUCACUGCUCUGUUCACUGCUCUGUUCACUGCUCUGUUCACUGCUCUGUUCACUGCUCUGUUCACUGCUCUGUUCACUGCUCUGUUCACUGCUCUGUUCACUGCUCUGUUCACUGCUCUGUUCACUGCACACGUUGAAGUUGUUUGGUGAUGUCAUAAUGAGGGAUGUUGUACAAAAGUCCUCAGCGAUUGGAUCACCUCGAACCAAUCAAAGCCAAUGACACAUUUUUUUUUUAAAUGCCUCUUUACUCACGUGUGCUUUGGUUCUGGCCCAACCCAUUGGUUUCUGGGACCAAUCGGAACCUUUUGUGUUUGUGUUCAGGACAACCGUCAGGGGCGGGGUACUCAGAUCUAGACUCAUUGCGGAGAAUUAAUGCUAGUGGUCUAGCGUUUUCAUGGGAGCAAGGCGUUUGGGUACCUAGGCAAGCCAUUUCUAAGGUAGUGUCCCAAAUUGCACCCUAUUCUCCCCCUCCCCAAUAGGUGUCAAAGGUAGUGCACUAUAAAGGAAAUAGGCUGCCAUUUGGGAUUUACACCAAGUGUACUAAACAGACAGUUCCAAUGUAUUUUAUAUGAAUCCUGAUCACGCCAUGAAAACCCUUUUCUUUUGCUUGUUGUGAUUUUCUUGUCAUUAUUCUUGGCCUACAGUGUUAUUUUAUGGACUGACUGAACAACAAUUGUUUUGAGUUUUUGUUUUUUACAUAUUCUAUAGUCCGUAUGUUGCGGUCACCAUCAGGACAAAAAAUGAACACUAGCCACCAGACAAGUGAACACUAGCCACCAGACAAGUGAACACUAGCCACCAGACAAGUGAACACUAGCCACCAGACAAGUGAACACUAGCCACCAGACAAGUGAACACUAGCCACCAGACAAGUGAACACUAGCCACCAGACAAGUGAACACUAGCCACCAGACAAGUGAACACUAGCCACCAGACAAGUGAACACUAGCCACCAGACAAGUGAACACUAGCCACCAGACAAGUGAACACUAGCCACCAGACAAGUGAACACUAGCCACCAGACAAGUGAACACUAGCCACCAGACAAGUGAACACUAGCCACCAGACAAGUGAACACUAGCCACCAGACAAGUGAACACUAGCCACUAGUAAUCUGCAUAGAUUACCAGAACUAAACCAGACCUGGAGACGUGUUCAACAUCUCAGUAACCACAGCAACGUGAUGUAACAAUCUGAUCAUCUGCAUAGAUUACCAGAACUAAACCAGACCUGGAGACGUGUUCUUCAUCUCAGUAACCACAGCAACGUGAUUUAACAAUCUGAUCAUCUGCAGACAUUCAGUCUAUCUGUUAAGUGAGGAAGACUCAUCCUUCAGUGAAGAAGAUGCUACCAUGUUAUUAUGUCUCUGAAAGGGAACGUGGUAUUUAACCUUCCAGUAUAUUUACUUUAUCUCCGUCGUCAGUCACUUUAACAUUCAUGUGUAUGUGUUGAUACUGAUUAGGACAAUGUGUAUGGUCAAUUACCAAAGGCUCUGUCCUACAUUGUAUAUUGAGUUAGCACAUGUUGGUGAAAGAAGGCAAGUCGAGGAAGCUACUUACCAUAGAGUAUUGGGAUGCAGCCCAGCUCUAGCUGUUCAGUUGUUUCAACUCAGCAUCUGGAGACACAGAGGAAGUCACAGUACAGUAUGAUGAUGUCCUGCCCCCCUUUUUGCCUUGACAAGUACAGUUCUACAGAUGUCAUCGCCCGUCAUCGUCACGUACUCAACGGGGGACAGACUGGGUAAAGUUUCAACCCCAGUGCCCCCGCGGAUACAAAUAGACAUUUGUGAAGAGUGGCUGUGUACCAAAUGGCACCCUGUUCCCUACAUAGUGCUCUAAGGGUCCUGGUCCAGUGUUGUCUACUAUACAGGGAAUGUGGUGGCAUUUGGGAGUCAGGAUGCAGACAGUUUUCCCUCACUGCCAUAGAUACGGAUUCUGAUUGGUUGGUGAGGGAGGAAAUGAGACGCCGGUUUUAGAACCCUGUCGGCAAUCUGAAGGAGGUGGGUGACAUCUCAGGUCCAGGAGAGGUUCAGGUCAGGGUGGAUGUGGCAUUCUAUUCCCUAUAUAGUGCAACACUUCUGACUAGGACCCAUAGGGCUGUGGUCAAAAGUAGUGCACUAGGAAAUGUGGGUGCCAAUGAGCAUGCACAGACUGGCUCUUGGGGUUACCCAAUGUCAACAUCUACUUUUUGGUGGCACAUUGAUAUUUAAAUUGUUAUGGGGGUGACCCCCAGCCCUCCUGCAAUUCAAAUCAUGGUUCAUUUCCUGCCUUUUUUCUCUCCUUUUAUACUCUAAACUUUAAAGUCAAACUAAAAGAAAGUCAUCCAAGUUCAUUUUACUUCUACAAUAACUUUUAUAUUGCCUUCAACAAUAUUACAGGACACAGGCCAAUUGUUUGUUUGCCUCUGAAAUAUGACUGCAGAAGACCAUGUUGUGUGAGAGUUGUCCUCCACGGCGUGUCCAUUGUAAACGUCUGGAGUUUGAAUAGACGACAUGCUUUACGAGACACCAGGUGUAGAAGGUAAUGACAAUAUGCAGGGAAACCGUGGAGACAAGCGGCAGUGGAGAUAAAUGUUCCCCAAUCACAGCGGAACAAUACUAACCGCUUGCAGCCUACAGGAUUAGCUAGAUUACGGUUAAAAGUGGCCUUUGAUUAAAGUGUGUGUGUGUAAAAAAAAAAAAAUAAAGGCCUUGAUUAAA